AUGGGUGCCGCUGUGGUUGAUCCUAUCAAGUGGAGGCUCAUUGUCGAUGGCCUGGUGGAGAGACCUAUUUCAAUAAGUCUUGAGCAACUGAAACAAAUGCCUCAAACUCAUGUCACCUCUUUCCAUGAAUGCUAUGGGAGUCCAUUGGCAGCUCCGACGAAGAACGUAUGGAGAAUAGGAUGUGUUUCUUGGACAGGUGUGCCGCUGAGAUGUUUACUUGCCCUUACACGGCCGGACCUCUCUAUCGGGACAUAUGUCUGGUCCGAUGGACUGGACUCGGGAACUUUCGCCGGUGUGCAGAGUGAUCGGUACCAAAAGGAUCUGCCUAUCGAGAAGGCACUUUCAUCUGAGGUUCUGGUUGCUUAUGAGAUGAAUGGCAAACCAUUGGGAAAAGAACGAGGGGGUCCAGUACGACUAGUAGUACCUGGAUGGUUUGGGACAAACUCCACUAAAUGGCUUUGCCGUCUUUCCGUGCAGGACAGAAGAUCUCCUAGUCCAUUCACAACUGUAUUUUAUAAUGAAACUGACCCUACUGACAUGACAGGAAAGAAGAUUCGACCUGUUUGGGGAGUGGAGCCCAACUCGAUUGUCGUUCGUCCUCGGCCAGAUGAAUUUUAUGAAAGACCAGGAAACAUUGAGGUCUGGGGUCGAGCGUGGGGAUCAGAGGAGAUUAUACGUGUGGAAGUUUGCAUUGGUCAUGGAAAGACUUGGACAGAGGCCUAUGUAGAACCUCGGAAGCAAUCGACGUGGGGUUCAGCAACCACUGACAAUGCGACGGAACCAUGUUCCGUCCGUGCGGAUACAUCCUUGAUUCUCUAG